CAUUACCUUGUAAUAAACCACUUAAAUACAUGAACUCUUCGUUGACCAUUUUAGAACGAUCAAAAUCUUACUAUCGAAGAAGAAACCACAGCGAAAAAUGGAGAUUUAUGAAGAGGAGAACAGAGGAAUAGAAGGCAAAGUCGUAGCCGUGACGGGUGGGUUGGGUUUAGUCGGCUCCAACUUAUGCCUUGAGCUGCUCCGCCGUGGUGCUCUCCAAGUCCGCUCAUUGGACUGCCGCACCACCUCUCCUUGGUCAGACCGUCUCAAAGAAUCUGGCGUCCAAUGCAUAAACGGAGAUGUUGUGAGUAGAGAGGACGUAGAAGAGGCCCUUGAAGGAGUGGACUGUGUGAUUCAUCUUGCUUCGUACGGUGGUUCGGGUAAGGAAAUGGUUCGGACUCAUCGGAUCGAGGAAGUCAACGUGGAAGGGACGCGUAACGUUUUGGAAACCUGCGUGAAGAAAGGGAUCACGAGGCUAGUGUAUUUAAGCACAAACGGUGUCGUUUUAGGUGGGAAAGAGAUUGAGAGUGGAGAUGAAACUCUACCUUAUGUAGUAGCUUCCGAUCAAUACGUUAGUUCAUAUGAUCGGACUAAAUCUAUUGCCGAACAAUUGGUUCUAGAGAACAUCGGUCGUCCUGUUGAGAAUGGACGUGGAAGUCUUUUAUCUACGUGUGCGAUUCGUUGCCCGAUUGUUUAUGGGCCGGCUGAAGAGAAGUAUCUUGAUAGGAUAAUCUCCGAUGCAAGAUUGGGUUUAUUCCUCUUCAAAAUCGGCGAUGCAAGCUCGAAAACCGACUGGAUUUAUGUGGAUAACAUUGUAUUCGCGCUCAUGUUGGCAACCACCGAUUUACUCAAUGAACACUCGAAAGCCUCAGGGAAGGCCUACUUUGUUUCUGAUGAUAAUCCAAUAAAUUUCUUCGAAUUUCUUCAGCCACUUUUAAAGAAUCUUGAUUAUGAUCUUCCCAAGUUAUCGCUAUCUAUUUCGCUUGCGGUUCUACUAGGAAAAAUAUGUGAAGCAAUAUACACAAUGCUAACACCAGUACUAAACCAAAGGUGGAUUCCACAACCAUUGAUUCUUCCGCCUGAAGUUUAUAAGGUGGGGGUGACUCAUUACUACUCGAUCCGCAAAGCCAAGGAGGAACUCGGGUACGAGCCUACGAUACAGCCCGAAGAAGCCAUGAGCGAAACCAUUACAUAUUUUAAAGACAAGAAAAGGAGAGAGGUCGAUGGUCCAAGCAUUUACGCGUGGAUUUUCUGUGUGAUCGGUUUGCCUAGCAUUAUAUCAGUCGCAUGGCUACCGGACAUUGGACCCAUACCGUUCUUUCGAGCCAUUGCGCUGUUUAUCUUCAGGUCGAUGUUAGUGUUGCGGAUAGCAUCGGGGAUUGUGGUGACAACGCAUGUUAGUGAAGCAGUUUAUGCGUUAUGGCUGGCUAAGAGAGUGGAUCCCAAGAAUGCAAAGGCCUGGUUUUGGCGGACGCUACUUCUCGCUACUUUCUCGCUUCGAUUACUUUUGAAAAGAGCCAAAGAAGUAAAACAAGCAUCAACAUUAAGAGAAGCGAUUUCUCCAUGGUUUUCUUCUCCUCAGAGUGUUUCGUCUCGUUAUAUGAAGAGCUUUACAAAUUCCAGAAGAUGUUCAUCAAUUCCUGUAGCAAUCUCUGCUCUAGACAGCUCCAACGAGGAACAACAUCGAAUUUCGUCCAGAGAUCAUGUGGGGAUUAAAAGAAGAGAAGCCAUGUUACAGAUAGCUUCCUCUGUUUUCUUCCUUCCAUUGGUCGUUUCACCUGCAUUUGCAGAGACAAAUGCAUCAGAAGCUUUCCGUGUGUACACAGAUGAAGCGAACAAAUUCGAGAUAUCAAUCCCACAAGAUUGGCAAGUCGGGCAAGCAGAACCUAAUGGAUUCAAGUCAAUCACAGCCUUUUACCCUCAAGAAACUUCAACUUCCAAUGUGAGCAUAGCGAUCACUGGACUAGGUCCGGACUUCACCAGGAUGGAAUCUUUUGGAAAGGUCGAAGCGUUCGCUGAAACACUGGUCAGUGGAUUGGAUAGAAGCUGGCAAAAACCAGCAGGAGUGACUGCAAAGCUAAUCGAUAGCAGAUCUUCCAAGGGAUUCUAUUACAUCGAGUACACCUUACAAAACCCUGGAGAAGCUCGCAAGCAUUUGUACUCUGCAAUUGGAAUGGCAACAAACGGUUGGUACAACCGCUUAUACACUGUCACAGGACAGUUUACAGAUGAAGAAUCUGCUGAACAAAGCUCCAAGAUCCAAAAGACAGUCAAGUCUUUCAGAUUCAUCUGAGAAUGCCAUUCAUAUCUAUCAGCGGAACUAAAUUAUAGAAUUUAUC